AUGGAGACGCCUGGUGCCACAGACCAGCGGCCAGGACCCCCGGCAACCCUCCCAGACCCCUGGGAGCAGGGUCUGCGAUGCUCGGAGGAGAGGAGACCCGCCUCGGCCAGGCUGAGUCCUCGGGGAGCCUCCCUAUGCCCGCCCUCCGAGGGUUCCACGGAGCCCCAGAGGCCGGGCCCUUGCUCCUCCGGCAGCCGCCUCAUCCCCGCCCCGAGGGGCGCGGUGCUAGUGCAGCGCGAGAAGGACCUGUCGGCCUACAACUGGAACUCCUUCGGCCUGCGCUACGGCCGGCGGCGGGCGGCGCCAGAACAAGAGCCCGGCGCGCGCGGCGGGGCUGAGGCGCAGGUGCCGCGCGCCGCCAGACUGACACUCGACCGCACGAGGGUGCGGGAAGGCUGA